AUGGUGGAGGAGAAGCAGCGAUGGAUUCCUCCAUUCAAGGAUUCGCUGGUGGACCGUCUCCGACCCAUGGUGGUGAUGGUUGGUGCUCUCGAAGUGGUGAUUGGACUUACCUUGGCAAUGCUUGUCAUAUUGUACGGUCAUGAUUACAAUGAGAUGUACGCUACUGUUGACACUGGUCUUAUAAGUUUGAUGUCAUUUGGUGGACUGAUAGUUCUAGUUAUCAGUGGCAUAAUGUUAUUAACUUCAGUAUUGUACAAGAAAAAGAAACUUAUGAGGUAUCACAUCUUAAUAUCAACGCUACUAUGCGUGUACAUAUUUGCACUAUCAGUGAUGAAGAUUCAUUUUGCUCUCCUCGUACUUGAAAGAGAUAUACGCAAAUUAAUUCUACCAGAAAGCAGACACUUUCUAGUGAGUAAUGCGUGUGUUAUUGGCAUCACUACCAUGUCUGGAUCAGUGAUUCAUUUCAUCGCGAAUGUGACCGUGUUCACAUAUUACAAUUUGAAGCACUUACGGCCGAUUUUAUUCAACUGUGGACCUUAAAAGAUAAUUUGUAAAUAUUAAGUAUUUAUUAACUAAAUAAAGUU